AUGUCGAACAAAACCUACAAUGACCUAUUGAUCGAGACAUCAGAAUUGAUAGGCGAAGCAACCCAAACCGAUGAAGCGCUUUUUGAGGCUGGUACUUCUGAUACAUCUACCCUAUUGCCGCUGCUUCUAGAACUUCGAGUACGGUAUACCAUAUUACUUAAAAGGUUAGAUUUAGUGUACGAUCAAUUAUUACAGCCCCAAAAACGCUUAAUAGUGAAAAGACUUUUGGAAGCGUGUUUAGGACGGCUGAUAGAAAUUAAACAUGAUCUAGUGGAAAUGCGCUUAUGUGAUCACACUUUUGAUGAUGACGAGGCAUUAGUAAAACUGCAAGUAACGCCGUUUGAAGCAGAACCUUGCAUCCCACGAUUCUUUAUCAGAGAAAGAGAAGAAGAAAUCAAUAGCAGGCGGCAGUUCAUCACUGAUACCUUAAGCAAGUUAGGAUAUGAACCUCCAAAGCCUCAACCCUUGGUUCUGACUGAACAACAAGCUGUAAUUAUAAUACAAAGUCACGAAAGAGCUCGACAAGGAAGACUGAGGGGACAGUUCAUGAAAGAAAUUCGUCUAUUGAAAGAAAAAGGAAGAGAUCAAAAAGGCGAAAUGUCUGCAUCUGCAGCUACUGCCAUCCAGAAGGUUUGGAGAGGAUUUAUAGCAAGAAGAUGCACUAAGAAAAGAAAACUAGAGGAACAACUCUUAAUUGGCAUGUUACUACCACCAUACAAAGAGUCAGAGGCUAUUGAAAAAGCGAACCAGGUAGAAAAAUAUCGUCAUAAAUUGCAAAAAGAAAGGGAAGAGGAAUAUCAAAGUGCAUUAAUCAAAAUUGAGGAUUACCUUCGAACUCAACAUGGACCGAAACUAAAUGAGCAGAUAGGUGAUGAAUUGAGAAGAUGGAUUCGAGAAUACUACGAUAGAACAGAAAGGUUCCCAGAACUGCCUUCUGAAGAAAGUGGAGGAAGCCGAGCCAUGUAUAGUAGACAAGGUACUGGCAUGGAGAGUGAGCUUAGUAAAAGUUCACCCGUAUCAUCAAAAGAAUCUAAGAGAAGUAAAGAAAGUAAAGAUAAGAAAAAUAACAAAGCUGAGGAAAAUGGUAAAACCAAAGAAGAACCUGAAGAUUUUAAUACAUACCAAUGUACAACUUCAGCUUUCCUUAAAAAUAUGGUUGGAGCUAAUGAAGAAUACGAAGAUAUUUGGAAAUAUAAAGAUGAUGCUGACAAUCCCCACGAAAGAUAUUACAAAGAUAUGAUAGAAAGAGAAAAAAUGGUGAAAAUAGAACAAGAAAUAAGAAAUGUUGUCGAUGAGAUGAUGAGAAGUGAACUUGAACUACUCCAGGCUGCAUAUGACAGAGACAGAGCGCAAAAAGGAAAGAAAGCGAAAAAACCCCAGAAGAAGGUGCGUCGUGGUGGUAAGAAAAAUAAAAAGAAGAAAGAAAAAGAUUUAACACCAGACCGAACGACAGAAUCACUCUUUGAAGAGCUUGUUACAAACGGUAUAAUACGGCCAUAUCCCUUAGUGAAAAUCGAUGACUUUAUAGGCGAAAAAUGUUAUGUAGGUUCUGCGUAUAGAGAACAAGGUCAAGAAGCUGACCCAUGUCUAGGAGAUAUAAGGCAGCUUGUGAAAGAGUACUGUAUACUUCCUCUGGGAUCGGAACAUGUUAGAAAUAACGCACCAUUUAUCAGAUCUGUACUAAUUUCAGGACCAUCUGCUAGCGGUAAGAAGAUGUUAGUUCACUCAAUUUGCUCAGAAGUUGGUGCAAUGCUCUUUGAUUUGACUCCAGCAAACAUAGUCGGCAAAUACCCUGGUAAAACAGGACUCAUAAUGUUAAUACAUUUGGUUAUGAAGGUAUCAAGACUUUUACAGCCCUCUGUAAUAUGGAUGGAUGAUGCUGAGAAACCCUUUAUGAAAAAAAUUCCAAAAACUGAUAAAACUGAUCCAAAGAGACUAAAGAAAGAUUUAGUUAAGAUUAUAAAAGGAAUAUGUUCUGAAGAUCGUGUGAUUUUUGUGGGUACCAGUAAAGCACCUUGGGAUGCAGAGCAAAAACUACUCUGCCAAUGCUAUCAAAAAUUCAUUCAGAUUCCAAGAGCCGAUUACGGAAGCAUUUCCCUAAUGUGGAGAACCAAACUGCACAAGGCUGGUGCUUUAAAUCCGAGACUCGAGCUUUCGUGCUUGGCGAGAGUUUCAGAUUCCUAUACUAUAGGUACUCUUCUAGCAGCUUUAGAUUCAGUACUCACGACAAAAAGACGGCUUCAACUACGCGUCAGAGCGUUUACAGCUACAGAAGUAGCCGUACACCUUGCUGCCAGGGAGCCGGUGUAUGCAGAACAAGAACAAGCGGCUGACACAUGGUGGUUUAAAACUCCCAUGGAAAAAAGGAGACAGAAAGUUCUACAAAAGUUGGAAGAACUGCAGUUGGAGGCUGAAGCACCUGUUUAA